GGCCUGCACAGGAGGCGCAUAUAUUUGGCAGCAGGAGCGGCCUCGUCGUGCCCCGUAUUCUCUCAGUUGUUUCGACGUAUUUCUCUCUCUACGGCUCAAGGUACCGGAGGCGGUAGAGAGAGAAACACGAAGGGGGGAGAGGAGGUAGAGAGAGAUUGGAUGGCCGCUCUGCUCUCCGCUCCCGGAGUGGUAUCGUGCUCUGUUGGGUUACUAUGCCUUAGUCUUGCUCCGCGGUUGGUUUGAUUCAUUAUUUUCUUUAAUCUUGCCAUCCCUGAUGUUUGUUCCCCUUCAGUUUUCUUGGUUUGCAUCUUGGAAAUUUGUGAACUUCACCAGGAUUUUUGGCUGGGUCUGCAUAUUUUUGUUCUUGACCGUGCUUGCUUGGGAUAAGCUUUAGUUUUAGCUUGGCUCGCAUUACGCGAUGCGUUUUUGUUAGAACCCGAGCACAUCUUGUAUGAGCUGACCUCUGUAUUGUAGAUUGUGUGGGGUGGCGUGUUGGUGUUUUGGGCAGUGGGGUGGAUGCAAAUCUGCAGUCCUUUUUGUAGGAUUAUGUGCCUUAAAGUGUUUUCUUUUUCGCGAUUUCUUUCGAUUCCGAUUGAAUUAGUUGUGCAAUAGAGUCGUCUUAAGGUACUGAUAUGCAUGUUAGAACUCCAUGGGAAUGUUGAAUCAGGUUUAUCAAUGCAUGAACUGGUAGUAGCUGAAGACUUGCUGAAGUAUCUUUCAGUCUUUCCAUGAAGACCUAAUCAAACCCGACCAGCACAAAAUUGAUGGUAAAAAAUACUAAUCCUUUCUUGGUAGGACAAAGGUUUCCCAGAGAGUUCUUCAGGGUUCAAACGUCUGGGAUGGAGGAAAAAAAAACUGGCUCAUGGUAGUCAACUGAUAGCAGAUACCACUUGGAACUCUGCCUGCAGUAGACGUAAAUCUGAGAGCGAUGUAGUAAUGGAGGUGGGUAGCCCGACUCUCGAGGGGAAAAGCAGAAUUAAUUUGAGGUAGAAUUUCUCAGGAAUCAAGUAUUAGUAUGAAGCUGAAUAGGGGGGAAAUUGCCUUGCUUGGUGAGACAUCAUUGCUGUAUAAAACAGGCAUGCCACCUCCAGUCAGCUCUUCAUUAAUUCUAUUGAAAAUGGAGUGCUGUAGUAGGUCCUUAUCUAUUAUACAUCGUACCUAAACAUGGAAAUAGACACUUGAGGGCACAUGUUGCAUGGAGUACUUGCUCUAGGGUGAUACUUCUUAGGCAUUGAAAAGGGCAGAUAACAGUUUGACAUAUGUUCCUAUUUAAGUAUUUAUAGCUAUGCUGGACAUUUCAUCCUGUUCCAUGGAGCAGUUAGUUUCAGAAUUAUGAUCAGCCUACCUUGUGGCAGGUGCUGUUUCUUUUUGAGCGAUUUGUUCUCUUUCUAUUCCUAUUGUUCUGUUAUUUUCUUUGGUUUGCUCAUAUGCCUGUCUGUUUGUCCUUUUUGUUCCAAUGUGUAACGUCUAUAGCACGUCAAGUCACUAUGCAUAAGCAUAUUCCAGUGAAUGAUUAUGGAUCAAAGUAAGAGGAAGCUGCCAUCAAUAUACAUGUCUUUAGCAUUUCAUUGUCAAUUCGGCUGAUUUAAAUGCUGGCAACUUGCCAUGAAGGUUAAUGCAGGUGCCAUUCAUCAAAUUUCUCUGAAGCACCAGAAGCAAAAUGCUGCCUGGUGCUAAGUGAUACCAUCUUGUAAUGCCUAAGCUUUUACGGGAAGUGGAGGAUCAUCCAGUUCAUCCCAUGUCUAAGUCAAACCAUGGCUUCUUUUCAGGAAAUGGCCAUGAAAAGAAGCAUUUAGGUCAUAAAAUCCACGACAGGGACUCGUCAUCAGAGUCCGGUCAGUCUCACCAAGAAGCACCGGCAGUGAGUGAGAGCAGUCUAAAUGAAAACACCUCAACUCAAUCUGACAAUGAUGAAGGUCAUGGGAAGCAUAAUCAGGACACAGUGCACUCAGUAUUGUCCAUGGGGAAGCAAGGAUCUGCCUUUUUGCCCCCAAAACUAGAUUACAAUCCAUCUUUUGCUUGUCUUCCUUAUCCUGCUGAUGCUUAUUAUGGUGGGGUCUUGACAGGAUAUCCUCCACAUGCCGUUGUCCAUCCCCAGCAAAAUCAUACAACAAAUGCUCCGGUUAUGUUGCCUGUUGAACCUGCAGAAGAAGAGCCAAUAUAUGUUAAUGCAAAGCAAUACCAUGCAAUCCUUAGGAGGAGACAGACACGUGCUAAAUUGGAGGCCCAGAAUAAGCUGGUGAAAGGCCGGAAGGUAAUACCUGCCAUACCUUCAUGAGUCUCGACACCGUCACGCCAUGAAGCGAGCUAGAGGAUCAGGAGGGCGGUUCCUCAACACAAAGCAGCUCCAGGAGCAGAACCAGCAGCAUCAGGCAUCAGGUGGUUCGAGCUCCUCAAAGGUCAUUGGCAACAGCAUAAGCUCCCAGGGUGACCCCACCCCCACACCUUCAACUCCUGCUUCUUCGGACACCGCAAGGGCUUCAAGGGCCAACCAGGACCGCACCUGCUUUCCGUCGGUUGGCUUCCGGCCUGCCAUGAACUUCAGCGAACCAGGUGGAGGCGGAGCAAAGCUGGUUAGGUGAAGAGAAGUGAAGUGGGCACAGAAGCAUCGCCAGGCACACUGCCUGCGGCAACUCAUCCUUGGCUUUUGAAACAAUGAAUAUGUAAUGGACAUGUAGCUUAAGAGUCUCAGAAUAACCAAACGCCCGUAUAUAUACAAGUCCUUUUAAGUUUGCUGUGGCUAAAAGAACUGUGGUUAGAGACUGAAAUCCAUGCAUCGUAUAUUCGUAUUGAGUUGAGGUGUAGUUGUAGACCUCGAAACUUGUUCA